AUCAGUUUCAUCCAACAGAGCAAAGAUGCAUUGGAGUCUGCUCAUUGUGAUGGGUCAGUGUUACUUCAUCACAUGUCAACUCUACCAGUACCACUAUAUUGAAGAUACAAAGACCUGGACAGAAGCUCAGGAGUACUGCAGAGAACAUUACACUGAUCUGGCCACAGUGUCUAACAUGACAGACAUGAAGAAACUCCUUGAAGAAUCUACAAGGAGAAAAACUGAAGCCUGGAUUGGACUGAACAACAGAGCAGAUGUCACCAGGACAUGGCACUGGUCUCUACCUGGAGUGGAGUUUAAAGAUGAUGAAACAACAUGGAAAGAUGGUGAACCAAAUGAUGUAGCUGGUCUGGAGAACUGUGGAUUUAUAAAGGAUGUUACACUGUUGAGAGAUCUGUCUUGUAAAGAACCACUUCGUUUCAUCUGCUAUGAUGAAAGUGGAUCCACAAAGAUCCAUUUGAGAAAUGAAUAUAAGAACUGGAUUGAUGCUCAGAAAUACUGCAGAGAUCAUCACACAGACCUGGUCAGUGGAUUCAACCAGUUACAUGAACUAGAUAAAGAACUCAGUGAUAACACCCCCUAUUGGGUCGGCCUGUUCAGAGACACCUGGAGGUGGUCGGAUGGGAGCAGUUCCUCUUUCAGACACUGGGAUCAGACUCUGUCACCAGGAGACAAAUGUGCAGUGACCAUGUUGAGUGAAGGAGGAAGAUGGAAGAACGCCAAGUGUACUGACCAAAAACCUUUCUUCUGUUAUGAUGAUAAAGUGAUCCUGAUCAAAGAAAGUAAGACCUGGGAGGAAGCCUUGUAUUACUGCAGAGACAACUACAAUGACCUGGUCUCCAUCACUAACCUUGAUGAACAGAGAUGGAUUCAAGAGAGAGCCAAGAACGCCUCAACUCCUUUUGUCUGGCUGGGACUGCGCUACACCUGCACUCUGGAUUUUUGGUUCUGGGUCAGUGAUGAGGUAGUCAGCUAUAAGAACUGGGCCUCAGAUGGAAAGAAUGAUGACUGUGACAUGUCUGGAGCCAUGGAAACAGGAGGAGAACAUCAGUGGGUCACAAAACAAGAUAACGAGACGUUUAAUUUCAUCUGUUCUAAGUCUUAGACUCACUGAUAACUGUCUUUUUAUUCAUAUACUCUGAAUGUUGGUUGUGUAUUAAACAUAUUCUUUCCAUCUGUCUUGAAUGGUGAAGUGGGAAAUGUAGGAAUCCCAACCUGACUGUGUAAAAGCUGUCUUCAGAUUGUGAGAGGAAGAAGCUCCACUAUAGUCAGUUGUAAAGUAGUGCAGCUUUACUGUGGAUGUUUAAAGUGGAAUAAGUGGAUAAUGUGAUGUGAUGAUGUUAACACAA